AACCAGCUCUUAGCCGAGACCGUUGUACCUAUUUAAGUACUCGCAUUCUGCCUUACAUCAGCACAUAUGCCUUAGAUCUUCAGGAGAGCGUGACUAGAAUCGCGGCGUCGUACGUUCUGCAUUCCUAGCAAUUUAUUCGCCCCAGACAAAGCUCUGGAACAAUUAUUUUAUUCCCUCAAGAUUUUCGCUCCAUUAUGCUGACACUGCUGUUGCUGCUUAUAACCUUCAGAUUUGCUGAUGCUCAGCUAGGAAAUUUGUUUGGAGGCCUGUUCUCUGGUCUUGGAGGCCUGUUUCCAGGACUGGGAGGUGGAGGCUUGUUUGGAGGUUUGCCAGGCAUGGGAGGUCAAGCUGGUGGGUGCUGCUGCUGUUGUUGCUGUCCAAGUGGUGGCACCGGAGUUGUGCAACCACCACCAGUUCAACCUCCUCCGGUCUGUCCUCCUUGUCCACCCUGCAUUCCACAACAACCAGUGAUCCAACAACCACCAACACCUGUUUGUCCACCCUGCGUUCCACAACAACCAGUGAUCCAACAACCAGUAAUCCAACCACCAGUAAUCCAACAACCAGUUAUCCAACAGCCACCAACACCUGUUUGUCCACCCUGCCCAGCAGUCCCACCACAAGUGGUCCAACCACAAACAGGUUGUCCACCGUGCCCACCAGUUGUAGUAGUACAGCAGCCUCCUAGUAUACAACCACCUCCUGGUGGGACAUAUAACAUUCCACCAGGAGCUGUACCAGCCCCGUCAUACGGAGCUCCAUCAGCCGUAGCACCGGCAUCCGCACCAUACGGAGCUCCUUUGGCUGCACCAGCACCACCGCCACCAGCAGCAGAUGCUGCAGCAGCACCAGCAGCUGGCGGAGACGCUGGAGCACCUGCAUGGCUGUUGGUAAUAUAGCUGGAAAUUCUUUUUCAGCUGCAGGCGGAAGUACUUUUGUUUGUGUGGUAACAUUAUCUGAAUUUUUGUAACUACGCGUAUCCGACAACACAAUUUAAUAGCAAUUUUAUUAACCAAGCGUCUCAUAAUGUGAUGUUCUGAUAUCCAGCUUUUUGCAAUCGAAGUUCAAUGCCGUAUACAUUAUAUUACUUUUGUACAAACUUUUUUGUUACUUGAAAGAGACGAUAUU